GUUUUGCUGCCGCGGCAGUGACGCAGUGCGAGGGGGGCUGCGAGCGUCGCUGAGCCGUGCACUGGGAUGCUGAGCUGUGUGCCGCUGAGGAGGGGUGCACAGUGCACAGCUCCCUUGACUGGCUGAGUAGCUACACGGCCAGGCAGGAUGGAGAGCCCCGACGUGCCCCUGGAAGAGGUCGGAGAAGGACGGAUGGUCCCAACUGGCCGGGCGGAUGGCCAGCGAACUGUCAGUGCUCCAACAACCACCCUAGGCCCUUCCCUCUCCUCUGCAGCUGUCACCAGACAGCAUGGGCAGCCCCAGGCCCACCCUCCACCCCAUCAGCAUCAGUUUGCCCCACAGGCCCACCCCCAGAGCAUACCAAGCGCCUCAGCCCCCAACACCAUGACCACCUCCACCACCACCACCACCACUACCACCGCCACCUCCACCACCCCCAAGCAACCCCCCCUCUCCAGAAGCCUGUCCCGGAAGGAGCAGGUCAAAGCGUAUGUGAAGAAAGAAACCAGAGAGUUCUUUGGACUUGAUGAGUCCACUGAAGAUAAUCAGAGACAGCGCUGGCAAGACAAGCGGAAACGUUUGGCCAGCCGCAAGUAUGGCCAGCUCAAGGACCAGACCAACACUACCCACCACACACAGUCUUUCACCAGUGACUUCCAUGCCUUAUCAGAGCUUCAGGAGGGAUUGGGCGGAGGUUUGUCGGACUCAGUGGAUGCGGCAACGUGGCCUCAGCUGCCUCACCCCGGGAAGGACUCCGUCGCCAAGAUGACCUGGGAUGGCCUCUCCUUUGUGGUUUCGACGGUUGCAAAGAGGAGAGCCAAGAGUCAAAUCUCAGGUACAGCGGGCGGUCGGUCCAAAAGCCGGAGUUAUGCCCCCUCGUCCAUGUCUGUCCCGGAUGAGGUGUUUGACGAGCCAGACGUCUCCCCCACCACCACAACCACCACCACCACCACCACAACUGCAGCUACCAUGCGCCCUUCUCCUCCUGUUGACCAUUGCACUAUGGAGUCACUCUCUGAUGAAGUGUUCUUUGACGGCAAGGUUUCAGGAAGCCCUGACGUAGGAGCUGGCACCACUAGUUAUGACGGUAGUAAAGAAGUAUCAGGAGCAAGGUACCACCCAAGUGUUCAAAGUGAGAGGCAGCAGAAGCAGUUCCAGGUCUCAGAUUCUGUGGAUGCCAGUGGGCGGUCCAGUGCUCAUAUCGGUCGCUCACGUAUCUGGAAUCGAAUCCUGGACAGCUGCUUUGACAACUCUGACCGCAGACAAUAUGGCAGAGGGGUACUGGGAAGAGCCUUUGGCCGGAGCUUCAAGGAAAAUGUGAGGAAAGAAAAAGAUGUGAAAAAGCAGCUGGAUGAAAUGAAUGACUAUCGGCCGUAUUUCACGUGGUGGGUUACAACAGUUCAGGUGGUGAUCCUGCUGCUCUCUAUCAUGUGCUAUGGCCGCGCACCCUUCGGCUUCUCUAUCAGUCAGCAGAAGGGACAGGUCCUGAUGGCCAGUUUAUCAAUACAGACAGUGGACUACUGGGAACCCUCAAAUUUUUGGCUUGGCCCUCGAGCGGCUGACCUAAUACACUUAGGUGCCAAGUUUGCUCCCUGCAUGAGGAAAGACGAGAAAAUCUAUCGCCAUGUAGAGGAGCAGCGGCGGGCAGAGCGAGAGACUGGGUGCUGCAUACGAAACGAUGAUUCAGGCUGUGUCCAGUCCUCUCGGCGAGAGUGUUCGAACCGGUUGUCAGUGUGGAAAAAGUGGAGUGAGCUGGCCAAGGGUCCAGAUGGUCGUCUGUCUGGCUCUGUGUGUGGCCAGGAUCCCAACUACUGCAAAGAACCGGCGUCUAUCCCUCCGCACGAGUGGCCAGACGACAUAACGCGCUGGCCAAUCUGCCGCAAGAGGAUAGCAGCGGUCAAAAAGAUCCAUACAGCAGAGCACAUGGCAUGUGAGGUGAUUGGUCACCCAUGCUGCAUAGGGAUCCACGGGGAGUGUCGGAUCACCACACGGGAGUAUUGUAACUUUGUGCGUGGCUACUUCCAUGAAGAGGCCACGCUCUGCUCUCAGGUGUCCUGCUUGAAUAACGUGUGUGGGAUGAUACCCUUUCACAACCCAGAUGUUCCAGACCAGUUUUAUAGAUUGUGGACAUCACUAUUUAUUCAUGCAGGAUUCAUCCAUUUGAAUAUCACAAUAGUGCUCCAAUACCUGUUGAUGCGGGACAUGGAGAAGCUUGCCGGGCCUGUGCGCAUCGGUAUCAUCUACAUCGUAUCAGGCAUCGCUGGCAACCUGGCCUCUGCCAUUUUUGUCCCCUAUCGAGCUGAAGUUGGUCCAUCUGGCUCUCAGUUUGGACUACUAGCGUGCGUAUUUGUGGAAUUCAUCAACUCAUGGCAGAUGAUAAAGAACCCAUGGAAGGUGCUGGCCAAGCUGGUGGCCUGGACAUUGACUUUCUUCCUGGUGGGGCUCUUACCGUGGGUGGACAACUAUGCCCACAUAUUUGGCUUCAUCUUCGGGUUCCUGCUCUCUUAUGCACUGCUGCCGUUUGUGUCGUUUGGUCCAUACGACAGACGGAGGAAGGUGUUGCUCAUCUGGGUGUGUCUGGUGGCCGUGGUGGUGAUGCUCACAGCACUUAUAAUACUCUUCUAUGUCACGCCCAUAUAUGAGUGCAAGAUCUGCGAAUACCUUAACUGCAUCCCUCUAACUCGGGACUUCUGUGCAGAACAGAACAUCAAUUUCAACAAGAAGUUGGAUAUUAUGUGAGAGGCUGAUACCCCCUCAUUCAGGCGGCUCUGCUGUCAGUCAACGGUCACCGACGUGCCAACAUUUCUAGUAAUUUAACCAGUGUAAUUAUUACUGUGUGUUAUACAAGUGAUCACCGCUGUUAUGGUCAUUUUCUAGUUUCAUACUCGGGGAACAUGGGAUACACCACCGCCUAUUUUGGCCGCAUAUGUUACGAGUCUGACCAAAAUGGUCAGACAAACAGGUUGGUAUUGACAAGUUUUGAACAAGAUCCUCAUACAUGCCUUGAACCACUGUAUAUAUAUAAAUGCAUACAUCUACCUUCCAGUAUGCCCUGUAGUUGCCUUUUAAAUCCAUUAAGAACAUUGCUAUUUUGGCUCUAAAAAAAGUAUCUGGAAAUCUUUUACUGCAUCCCACAAUGUCUAUUUCAUAAUAAAUUUAUGUAGAUGGAUGGAUUAACCAAAUCAGCACAUGGUAAUGUUCCUAGAUAUAUAAGUACUUCUGAGGAGAUAAAAUAUAUACAAUACUCAGUGCAUAGUAUUUCCUCUCUGAUUCAGGAAUUAACUUCAGAAAGUGAAAAUUGUAUUGAUAUUCAAAUAUGUUUACUAGCACUGACAAUAUAUCUUGUUCACAAUUAGUGUUGAUACCAGCCUGUUGAGAGCCUAUUGUGGUAUUGUGACAUUAUUGGUCACCAGAACACAGAGGACUGAAGACACAGACAGUUUUACCAAGAGUUCAGGACCACAAUUCUGGAACUCCACCAGAUACCCAGCAACAAGACCUGGUGGGCCUCUCGAGGCACCAACAUGUUAGUCUGCAGAAAUUUCCGCUCAAACCCCUCAAAGACAAACUCAGUGGACUUCCAUAAUUGUGGUCUGUCUAACAAAAUGGAGAGUGAAAGAUGCAAAAAAUCCUCUUUCUUAUACCUGAUAUUAUUAUCAUUAUUAUGAUUAUGAUUGUAUGUGAAAAGUUAAGUGUAGGUUAGAUUACCCACUGAUUUUCCCAAUAAUUGAACCCCAUAUGCAUAGUGUUAAGAUAAUUGGACACCACUUCCUUAUUUCCCUCCUUUUUAUAGGUGACCCAGGCAGGGGUAACUCUGAGCCACCGUGUUCUCUCACUCUCCACUCUGGCAAGUGUGACUCAAGGGAGGGUCUCCAGGGGCACAGUCAGUCACUUUCACUUCCAUUUAUCUCGUCCUGCUCUUGUGUCAUCAUCACCAGCUUGUGCCGGGUUCUGAGAGGUGUGGGAGGGAGGGAAGUGGGAUCUGUCAGCAGGUGUGAAAAUAUCAUAAGGUGAUUGUGCCACCAAGUUGCUGGUUGUGUGUUAAAAGGGGUGAAAAUUUUGUUAUUGUAGAGCAGCAGUGCAGAUGGUGAUGGCUGAAUGCCUUGUUCUGUUUUGGUUACUAUUGUAAUGGCAUGGAUGCAUGUGCUGCCUGUGGUGCUUAGACUUUCCAGGCAUUACUAAAUUGAAGUAAAAUGUAUAAGAGAUUACAAGGAGAAACUUUGGUGUGAUGAAUCUUCUGUUGCUGAAAGGUGUGCAUUGUUAUUGAAAGUAGCUUUCUUUUGGGGGGAUGCAUCUGCAUAAUUCACUUUGUUGUUAAUCAUAAGCUUACAGCCAAAGUAAGACAAUUGAAGUGAUUCUUUGUGACAAAAUUACACAUUCUUAGAAUAAGACAAACAAGAUUUUUCUUUGUUAUUAAAUAAUAGAGAUGGCACAGUACACAGGAAAAAUUUGGGUAUAAAAAUGGUGAAGGGUUUGGUCAGCCACACUGAGAUGGUCUCAUGUAGUGUGUGGAGCAUACAACAUAGGCAGAAGAGGUCAUUUAGUCAUGUAGUGCAGAAAGAGUCAUGCAGUGCUUGGCAGGGGACUCAUGCACAUGGUAAAGUGAAAAUCACACAGCAUAUCGGGAGAGAAAUAUCACUUUCAUCAUGCUGUAUAUGUGGAGAGGUCAGUCACACGAUCCAUGGAGAAAUAGUUUGUGGUUUACACUUUACCAGGGGGAAUGGUGUGUCAGCCAUCAGGUCACAUUCCUUGGAGUCAGUAACUAGGUCACACAGUGCAGGGUUGGGAAAGUUGAUUGAGUCACAGCUAACACUUUGAGACAUUGGGGGAUCACAGGACAUGGGAAAUAUUUCAAUAGGCACGUGGUCAUACAGGUCAUUUAUCACCAUAAAUACACUUACCAUCAUUUUUUUUACCAUAUUAUGAAAUGCACAGUUUAUUAAUAAGAUGGGUGAAGGACACUGGAAUGAGCAUAGCUUUGUCUGUGUUAAUAAAAACAUUAAGUUAAAGGUGUUGGUAGCAAGAGACUCCUCCAUCAAGGUAACUGACAGCCCCUGGGGAAAGCUGUAGUUGAAUGAGAAACCCUCAAGCUGAACCCACAGUGUUGUCAAAGUAAACAACCCACAACUAUGUAUAAUGUUCAGAUUAAAUAAAAAAAAUGGUAAGUGGAAUGUGACUGUGUGUACAGUUAUAUCAUGUAGGCAAACAAACUGAAUUGCUUAAGAAUCUUUUGAGGACAAUGAAGAAGAAAUAGGCAUGUGGAUAAGCUGGUCUGCUUUAACCAGGAGCAGCUGGCCUGUAAUGUCAGAAGCAUCUCAUAUUGAGGAAAUUUGCAGGCUUCUUAUUGUCUUCAAAAUGUUCUUGGUCACUGAGUCCAUACUGCACUUUCUACUUAUCACAUGGUCAUUGUUUUCACCUAAGCAUGUUGCCAGUGGCAUAUAACUGGUAUAUUGUUGGUAAAUAAUUCAUGUAAUGCCCCUCUCAAGUAUCAUGGAGCUACAUUGUCACAGAUAUAAGUAGUUUCAUGUGGUCAUAACUUCAUCAUGUAAUUUUUUCAUCUCGCUUAGAUUAAUAAUUUGUAUGAAAAAUGUGUUGUUAGGAUGAUCUCAUACAAUAAUUUACAACUCAUUCCAUAAUGUCUGUUCUGGAUAUUUGUGUGGGGGCCGAGAGUGCGAUGAAGUGCGGGCAAAAGGUCACACACGUGGAGGAGGUUAACAAAUUGGUCAGCUGAGUAUGUUAAUGGUUGACUAAGGCAGCAGUAAAUGACUUUGUGAAGAUGAUAGAGAAGUUUUCUUUAUCAAUUUUCUGGUGAGAUUCUAAAACGACCUUUAUUUAAUUACUUUUGCAAGAUAUGUAGAGGGUCAUAAAAACUGCCAACUACU